GCAUCUAGAUUAAGUGGCGGCAGCACAGGCAGCUGGAAGGUACCCACAGAAAGAAAUCGAGCACUAUGUUCAGAAAGAUCCACUCCAUCUUUAACUCCAGCCCACAGAGAAAGACGGCGGCUGAGAGCCCCUUCUACGAAGGAGCCAGCCCUGCGGUGAAGCUGAUUCGAAGCAGCUCCAUGUAUGUGGUCGGGGACCACGGGGAGAAAUUCAGCGAGUCCUUAAAGAAGUACAAAAGCACCAGUAGCGUGGACACCAGCCUGUACUACCUGCGGCAGGAGGAGGACCGGGCGUGGAUGUAUUCGCGCACCCAGGACUGCCUGCAGUACCUGCAGGAGCUUCUGGCCUUGCGCAAAAAAUAUCUCAGCAGCUUCAGUGAUCUGAAGCCCCACCGCACCCAGGGGAUUUCCUCAACCUCCUCCAAAUCUUCCAAGGGAGGGAAAAAGACUCCUGUCCGGUCUACUCCCAAAGAAAUAAAGAAAGCAACCCCAAAGAAACACUCGCAAUUCAGUGCCGACGUGGCCGAGGCCAUUGCCUUCUUUGACUCCGUCAUUGCAGAGCUGGAUACAGAGAGACGGCCCCGGGCUGCCGAGGCCAGCCUGCCAAAUGAAGAUGUGGACUUUGACGUGGCCACCAGCUCCAGGGAGCACAGCUUGCAUUCUAACUGGAUCCUGCGGGCGCCACGCAGACACUCUGAGGAUAUCACUGCCCACACUGUGCAUACUGUAGACGGCCAGUUUCGAAGGAGCACCGAGUGCAGGACCGUGGGCACUCAGAGGAGACUCGAGAGGCACCCCAUUUAUUUGCCCAAGGCUGUGGAAGGGGCCUUCAACACCUGGAAAUUUAAGCCCAAAGCCUGCAAACAAGACCUGGGGAGCCCCAGACAGAUCCUUUUCAACUUCUCAGGAGAAGAUAUGGAGUGGGAUGCAGAGCUUUUUGCGUUGGAGUCCCAGCUGUCUCCUGGGGAGAACUACUAUGAGACAGAGAACCCCAAAGGACAGUGGCUGCUUCGAGAAAGACUUUGGGAGCGGACAGUGCCCUGACUCCAUCUGGAUUCCUUGACGUGUCUCAGGCUGGGUCCCUGAGAAGCUGUCUGCUUUCAGCGCAGCAUGAGGUAUUUGGUAGAGUUGAAAAUCCAAAUUGUAACACAGUCAACCCACUCAGCACACUGCCUGCUGGUGCCAUGCUAGUGCCAAACAGACCUGUGGCUUCCCAGGAUACAGGUCUCAGGACACUCUCAGAGCUUGAGUUUCUCUGCGUGGGCUGAUGAGCAGGGACUUACAGCCUGGCUGGUCUUCAAGAGCUGAAGGAAUGGAAGGUCUUGAGUGGAGUGUCUGGGCUCACUCCCCUGACCUCACCUGGCCUGGUCCUCAUUCUCCACAUGUCUGUCCAAGUGGCUGCUAGCAAUGUGCUCAGUACCAGAAAUGAACUCACCUGUAGAUUUCUGGGCCAAAGCUUCAAAGAGGUAGCUCCUCUUUCUAUGAGGCUCAGAGACACGCUGGAUCUGCACUGAGGUUGCCUUCUUGUGUGCAGAAUGCAGUUGAGAAAGCAGCUCCCUUUGCUCUCUUUUCAGAGUUUUUCAGAAACUCCUGCUUCAUUAAGCUAAGAUGAAGCUAAUGCCCUGGCAAUGGGGUGAGGGAAGAGGUAUGUCACGAGCCUGCCUGGGGGCCACACUGUUUCCUCAGGCCCCAAAACUCAGCUCCCCUUCACCUAGGCAAUUGACAAGAGAAGAAGGGAGAUGGGGUGAUUCUUUUUCUUUUUCUUCUAAUUCUUACCCAGAAAAAUCUUUUUAAAUAUCCACGGAACCAGUUUAUGACAGGCCACGCCUUUCCCUUUCCCCAGUUAAGAGAACAAUCAGAAUCAUUACGUUCUUUUGGUAUAGAAAGGAUUUCUGUAUUUUAGGAACUAUCUGAAUCAGAAUUACAUUUAAAAUAUAUUCUUUGUAUUUCUAAAUACUUUUUACAUUUUUGCAAUAGUUGUGCCCAUUCAAGCUUGAGAACCACUGGUUUGGAGAAUAUACUGAACUUUAUCCAUUCUCACUUCUUUUUUUGGCAUUUUCUUGUAAACCAGUUUGUGCGUGUAUAGGGGCCUUUGGGCAGAAUGAAGGGAGAGAGACAAAAAACAGAAAACAAAACAAAACAAAAUCAAACCAAUCAUUCGAAUUAAGCCAAGGAUGUUCUAGGCUAAGGUCAGGCUAAGAACUGAACAGAGGCUUCCUUUCUGCCAUGCCUGUGGGAUGAUAUUCUUAUUGUUCCAUUUUUUAGGAAGAACCUUUUGUUUAUGUGAACCUGAUCAUAUGAAUCUAAGAAUAUGUAACUCUUACAAAUAAAAGACAGCUAGUAAUUAUAUUGCAUUCUUAGAAAUUUUGUCUCAACAUGUUUUCAGAAUGAAACCAUACUGGAAAUGUUUUAAUACUUCUCUUUAUUAUUUUUCGAGUGCCAAUGUCAAUGUUUGGAAGGUUUCUUUCAUUUUGUUGCUUGUACUAACCCAGCUAUAGCCAGAAGCUUGACUGGAAAAUAAAUGUUUAGGAGAUUUGUUUUAUAAACUGCAUUAAAGCACUGCCAUUUAUCACCACAGAUCUUUUCUUUUCCCUAAAUGUGGCCUUGUUUGAAGCCUCAUCUAUAAAAGUUCAUUGUUGGGGAUAAACUCAGGAUAAAGGUGUCUUUACUCUGCCUCUUAUCAAACUACAGUUUAUCAUAGAUCCACCCUGAAAUUAUGUGGUGAAAAUACUGUGUACAUUUUGUUUUUAAAGAUAAGAAAAAAUAAACAUGACUAGAGGAUGUUUGGAGUCCUGAUUUUUUUUAAAAGCACUUAUUGCUUAUGGCUUAUGAAGCUGUGCCAUCUUAUUUUGCUUUGUUUUGUGUGUUUUUUGUCUUUCACGAGACUAUACACAGACAGCCUGAAAAAUUCCAUGAUUGGGAAACAGAAGGUUGUCUUGUCUUUGGGGAUCAUUUUUAGGUGUUUGAAGUUGGAGAUAAACCCAAGGAUCUGGGCUCUGCCUGGGGAAUCUUGAGAUGGUGUCUGGUGGGGUUUGAGAUAAAUCAAAUCUGAAACAAUAAAAGUCAAUUCAGAAAACCCA